ACGUACGUACGGUACCGUACGUACCGGUACAGCGGCUGGCCGAGGUCGAGAUUUAGAGCUUUUAUUUUUUUUUUAUGCCGAUCACGUCUGAUGUGGCAAAUCUCGGAACCUAUGCCUAGCGGAAUUAAAGGCUAAGAAAGUGCAGAAACUGAUGAUACUAGGAGUAUUGUAAGAACUUCUUGGUCAUGGCAAAGACACACCAUCAUAAUCCUGGUCAUGGUGACUCUGUAUGCUGUACACACCCAUCUCCUACUCCCUCACUGACUCAAACACUGGAUGAAAUGGACUGGGAUAGGGGGAUCUGGUCUGCUGCCCUCUGUGGUGAUCUGUCAAGAGUUGAGAAGCUACUGUCAUCUGGAUGCAGUGUUAAUAGUGUGGAUAAAUCGGGGUACACAGCUCUGCAUUAUGCUUGCCGCAAUGGACACAAAGACAUCGUUUCCAAGUUACUCCAACAUGGAGCUGAUCCAAACCUUCAAACCCGGUCAGGUCGAGCAAGUCCUUUACACAGAGCUGCCUAUGGCGGUCAUGUUGAUAUUGUAUCUCAACUUCUCCGUGCCAAAUCUGAUGCUACCUUGGUAGACAGCGAUUCGAAGACAGCUCUUCAUAAGGCUGCAGAACAAGGCAAUACAGAAAUCUGCAAAGUGCUUCUCAAAGCUCAACCCAGUAUGAAGACUGCGCAAGACCACAGAGGACAGACACCCCUAGACUGCAUAAAGAAAGACUAUGUUCCCGAACUAAGACAGCUUUUAUCAUGACAGUCUAUUCUUCUUGAUGAUCUGAAAUGUAUUGCAGGUUACUCAUGUACAUAGAAUAUAGUUUAUUUAUAUAUAUCAUGUUGGUAAUAAUAUAUAGUUCUAGAGAAGAUUUCCUUUGUAUCAUUAUAUUCAGCGGUGUGAGAGAUCAGCUUUUCAGCUGAUUUCAAAUUUUUUUUCAGCGUCUGUGCAAAAUUAUUGAAACUUACGCAAUGCAAUGUAGCGUCUGCACAAUUUUUUAAACUUACGCAAUGCUGGUUUUUUUUUAUUUAUUUGUGGCCGCUUGUUCCAUCAUAUAUUAUACUUCUAUGUUGCUGUGGCUGAUCAUUGAGUGAGAUCAGUGUUAAAUGUUUGGUUUAUAUUGUGAUUACUAGAGGGUAAAUAAUGCAGUAAUAACUAGAUUCUAGAGACAUUUGGCCUGGCAACUCUGCCUUUUCAAAGAUUUUAUUAUUUAUUGAGGGAGUACGGUGAUUAUGUGAAGAAACAAGUACUUCAUUAGAGGGAAAAAAUGAAGAAUUUUUAUUCUAGGGCUACUUUUUGUUUAUGUAUGUGUGUCUGUUACAUAUUCCUCUCAUAAUUCCUUUUGACAAUUUGCAGUUACAUUGUCAGCAUCAACAUCCACCAAGUCAACAUAUGCAUCAUAUGAAGUUUUGGUCAACUCAGCUGAGGGUUGCAAAUUCCCACUCCUGAAUGGCAGAGAACGGUGUCUUGUUUCUUGGGUUGACUUACAGGGAGCCCCUAUGGCAUCUAUAUUUCACUGUCUCUGAUCUUUGAUGAGACAAGGGAGAACAGUUCCCUGGUGAGGGACACCAGACGGUGGGAAAGUUAGAUCCUGAUAUUUUAACUAAAGAAAUGUUCAUGGUUUUGUAAUUUGUCUAAUACUUCAAUGUCUUUCAAUAGUAGAGCGGAUUAGCCGAAAAAUUGUGCAAAUUAUGACUAAAGCAUGAAACUUUCACAAGUAUUAGUAAAUGCCGUAAGAUUUAUUUUAAAGAUGGGAGGUAAAUUUAUAAAUGCCAUUUUCGGCCGUUGCCAUGGCAACGGAUUAAUUUCUCCAAAAUAACAUGCAUUCCCAUGUAAAUGGUUAAUAAACAUGAUAUAGAUGACCAAAAUGAUAAUUUUCAGGCUCCCAAUUGAAUACAUAUGAAAUUUAGAAAUAUUCAAGAUCAUCAAGAAAGUUCCAAUUGGUCCGUUGCCAUGGCAACGGCUUGUUUUUCCCCAGAAAAGUAACAAUUUUGAUUUUAAAAACGUUGUAGAAUAUGAUUUAUCUUGAAUUUCCCCUAACUUUACAGUGCUUAUCGAAGAUAUUUUGGUUGCUAAAUGUGUAAAUUACAUCUCAAGCCAUUGCCAUGGCAACCAAAUAACAUCUAAUUUACAAAAAUAACAUGUUUGACAAGACAAUGGACAGGUGGAAAAUACAAGUGGAAUUAACUUAAUCUGUAUGCUUAAGAUUUGACCCCCUCAUUUGAACAAAAAAUACAGAAAGUGUUCUGCAGGAGUUCUUUAUAAAGAUGAAAAUUAAUGUUGCCUUGGUAAAGCUUGAAUUAAAUUUAAAAAUAAACAAUUUUGCAAAGGACCCGUUGCCAUGGCAACAUCUUAUUUCCCUCUAGAAAAGUAAAAAUAUUGAUAAAAAUGUAAAAUACAUGUACAGUAAGAUCAUCAUUCCAUUUUCCCUAAUUUCAAGGUACUAAUCGAGAUAUGUUUGUGACUAAAUUUUAUAAAUAUAACAUCUUAAGCCAUUGCCAUGGCAACCAAAUAACAUCUAAUUUUUUUUAAAGUGGAUGAUAAGGUUAAAAACAGGUGAAAACAAUGAAUAUUAACUUAAUGUGCAUUCGUAAGGUCUGACCUACUCAAUUAAUUUAGGGGAAAAUAAUUCAGUCAGUGUUCUACAUGAACUAAAUUAGAAUGAUAAACAUUGAUGUUGCCUUGGUAAUACUUGAAUUUAUUGAUAUCAAUGUUUACAAAUGUGUGUUCUGUUCCCAUGGCAACGGGUCAAUUCAACAAUAAAUAUCAAUAUUCAAAAUGGCCUGUUGCCAUAGCAACAGAUCAUUUAGUAUCAGUUUUGAUUAAAAAAGGGACUGUAGAAUCUGAUUUUUCUUGCAUUUCCCCUAAUCUUUGUGUGCUAAACAUCGAUAUGUUUGAUGCAAAAUGUAUAAAUAACAUCUGAAGCUAUUGCCAUGCCAACUAGAUAAUAUCUAAUACUAAAAACUAAUGAUUUGGAUGACAAGAUUUUGGACAGGUGGAAAAUACAAAUAACUCAAUAUGCGAAAGGUUUGGCCGGUCAUUUAAUUUCGAACAAAAAUUUCAGUAAGAGUUCUGUAUGAGUUCAUCAGAAUAAUAAAAUUAUGUUGCCUUGAUAAUACUUGAAUUUAAUGAUAAAUAUUAGUGUUUCAAAUGUCCCAUUGCCAUGGCAACAGCUCAUUCCCCCCAGAAAAGUAUCAUGUUUGAUUAAAAAAAAUUGUAAAAUCUGAUUUUUAUUUCAUUUGCCCCAAUUUUAGGGAGCUAAGCAUAUAUAUGCUUGCUGUUAAUAAAUAAAUAACAUCUUCAGCCAUUGCCAUGGCAACCAAUUAAGAUAUAAUUUUUAAAACAAACUAACACAGUUGUAAUGAUAAUGGACGGGUGGAAUGUAAAGUAAAGAUUUACUUAAUCUACAUAAGGUUUGACUUUGACCAGUCAUUAAGUUUUGAACAAAAAAUACAGUAAGUGUUCCGCAUGAGUUCAUUAGCAUGAUAAAAACUGACGUUGCCUUGGUAAUGCUUGAAUUUAUUGAUAUCAAUGUUUACGAAUGUGUGUUCUGUUCCCAUGGCAACGGGUCAUUUUAUUCCCCCUAAAAUACCAUCUUUGAUAAAAAAUACCUUGUAGAAUCUUAUUUUUCAUUCAAUUCUACUAAGUUUAGGGUGCCAAACAUACACGAAUAUCUCUGUUGGUUAAUGUAUAAAUAACAUCUUAAGGCAUUACCAUGGCAAUAAAAUAACAUAUAAUUUACCCAAAAAAUAACAUGGCUGACAAGAUAAUGGACAGGUGGAAAAUACAAUAAAAUCAACUUAAUAUGCGUAAGGUUUGACCUACUCUUUUAAUUUUAAAAUCGCAUUAAGUGUUAUGCAUGAUUUCUUACGAUAUGUUGAUUUGGUAAUGCUUGAACAUAAUGAUAAAUAUCAAUGUUGCCAAUGGUCCCUUAAAAGUACAAAUUUUGAUAAAAAUAAUAUGUUUAUUUUAUUUCCUUGUCCCUUAUUUGAGGGUGCUGAACAUAAAUAUGCUAAAUGAUAAGCACCAUCUUAUUUCAUUAUACAUGGCAUCGAAAUAAGACCUACAAAAAUCAUAUCAGACUUUUUGGGCUCAAAUAAAUUCCUGAAACUCUAAUUUCGAGGCUGGUCAAUUUCGUUCAAAGUAUUCGCAGGCUGCCAUUUUGAAGAAAGCGUCUUGGUGUGAUUUGUGCUUUAAGGCCGUUCAUCAUAUCAAUAUAUAAGGGGAUAAUAGGCGUUGAUAAAUCGAAAUCAAAAGUCUAUCUGAGGAGUUGACAUGGUCUUGAGCUCCUAAUCAAUGUAAAUACAGUAAAUCAACUUUUACAUGGAAAUCAUUAAAAUUUUGCUUUGUCUGACUGUUUUAGCAUAAUACUUGGCUCGAAAUUUGAUGACAAAGAAUUAUCAAGUAUCAUCUGCUAGUACGCAUUUUAAUUUCUGCAUAUAUCAGAAAAUUGUUACUUUUUGAAAAUUCCCAUCAUUUCUUGAAAAUUGCCGAAAAUUCAAAAAAUUCCCACCAAAUUCCCGUUUAUUCCCAUGAAAAGAUUCCAUCAAGAAAAUUCCCAGAAAUUCUGCAACCCUACUCCCCCCAAAAAAAAUCAUUACC